AAAUCACGCUUUUUCUUUUUUCAAUCCCUCUUUCAGACUAAAAAAUGGCUGACCAACUUACAGCAGAAGAAAUUGCUGAAUAUAAAGAAGCUUUUCAGUUAUUUGAUACUGACGGCGAUGGCAGCAUUAGUGCAUUAGAGCUGGGCACAGUCCUCCGUAAGUUUGGUAUGAACCCUAGUGAUGCAGAAUUACAAGAUAUGGUGAACGACGUCGAUGCUGACGGCAACGGUACAAUCGAUUUCAAUGAAUUCUUGGGCCUUGUUAAGAAUAUGAAGAAUGGCAGCGAAGGUGACGAUCUCAAAGAAGCAUUCAAAGUUUUUGACGUGGAUGGCAACGGUUUGAUUGAUAGAGAAGAGCUUCGUAAAGUGAUGGCAUCUUUAAACGAGUCUUUGUCUGAGGAAGAGUUGGACGCUAUGAUUAAAGAAGCAGACAUCAAUGGCGAUGGGUUAAUCAGUUUUGAUGAGUUCAAGAUCAUGAUGGGUGCUUAGAACGAGUGACAGCCCUAUAUUUUCUUUUUAUUUUUUUAUUUCUUUCACAAAUGUAUUGCAUAUAUUCUUUGUACCAUUACGCAUACUAAUUAUCACACUCACAUGGAGCAUUUAACUCUCAAACUCAACCUUCACGCUCUACGCGAAGUAUCAAGAACAUAUUCUCUUCCAUCACUAUAUGUUGUAUACAUACUUAUACAUUUCUGUAUAUUAUAUGCUCACAUUACUAUACAUAGUUCACCCACCUUUAAAAAUUCAUGAUAGAUCAUAGUUCUCUAUAAGGUCUAAUAAUAUCUGUAUCAUAUAUCAAUGUGCUCCUUUCCUUUGUCCUUUGUGUUCAUCUUUAUUUUUUGACUUGAACCCAACAAAAAAAAAAAAAAAAAAAAAAG